AAAUAAAGAAAAUAAAUAGCGAUAAUUAUAUAUUUAUUUAGCCUACAAGGAUGACAGUUUGUCUGCUAUGAUGAUGAUCUAAAAUAUGUCCGUGGAUAAACGCUCAACAUCCGACCAUUGAUCCAGAUUCCAGACAAUGCAAAUCGUGCUGCAAUCUACACAGACACGGAAUUCAGCGAGACAGGUGCAUUUCACUAAUAAACAUCAGACGGCUCUGGACUGCACAAUGGUCGGAUACCUGUUGAUGCAGCAGUGGGGGCUUCUGCAAAGUCUUUCUAUGACAUGAUUCGAAAUGCUUUGAACCCAAAUUGCAGUGUCAAGGGAGAUACUCUCGUAUUUUAUUGAAUUAGGCUAUAGAGAUAGAAUGGGCACAAUUAUUGAGGAGACGUUUUGUCUGUUGAAAUAUCUUUCUACCUGCACCUGCAUGUGAAUGACAGGUUACUACGAGACAGCAUGGACUAUCAGUCUGUCAUAUCUCUCUUGGACUGCCCACUGACACACUCACUCUUACACCUCAUCCAAUACCUUUUGAAUAACGAUGCUUAUCCGAUUCCUUAGAAUCCCUCGGCCAAAAAUAGGCUGCUCCCUACUCCUUUUAUUUGGCUAAUUCCAUAGGAACCGGUGGAUCCAGUUAUAUUCUACGCUUUCUUUCUUUCUUUGUUCCUUUGUUUCUUUCAUUUAGUCUAAAAGCAAGUUACAUCUUCCCCGACCUGCUUUAAUAAAUACAAAAUCCAGUAAUACACAGUCUAUAACUGUUGAAGUGCCCAUAUUUUGGCUAAUCAAGGUGUACUUCAUAGAAUAUUAUAGGAUACAUACUGUACAUAAAGGGAAGGUGCGUGCGGGCUGAGGUGAAAAAGUUGACAGGCUAGUUCAGCACAGAGGAAGUAACUACCAAAGCUACUUAUUGAGGAGUGUGCUGCCAUGUUCCUAAACUUUAUUCAGUUUGUAUGCAGGACAGGACCGUGGUAUAUUCAACUGAAGUUUUUAUUUUAGGUGUCCUACUUUUUAAAAAGAGGAGAGUAGACUCUACAUUAUUAAUUGUCUAUCAAAUACAUAUUAGACAACUGGGGGUUUUAAUUUGUAUUUUAGAACGAGGUGCGACUUCCAUUGACGAAGAUCACUGACUUGCACAGGGGAGACACUGAAAGCUCUCCCCCAACUAUGGAAACAGAGGCAACUGAUGUAUACUCUGCAAGUAACGGAGACUGCCCUCCCAGGAAGACAGAGAACUCUAGAAUGUUGGUGGACCUGUCGGCAAACACACCCAAUGGACAGCAGCUCCAGCAUCCUAAUUCACCCACUGAAAACACAAUCAAACAGGAAGAUGAGACAGAAGAUGAAGGGGACAGGAGGACCACAGCAGAGGACAUGGGCCAAAGCGGGGAAGAGGGAUUGGGUUUGGAGGAGCCCAUGAUUGACAGCCCAAACAACCUACAGGAUGGGGUCCCCGGGUCAGAAGGGUCAUGUGACCCAGGAACUCAGCUGCCCAAUGGUGAUAGGCCGUUCCAGUGUAACCAGUGUGGUGUGUCGUUCACUCAGAAGGGCAACCUGUUGAGACACAUUAAGCUGCACACGGGGGAGAAGCCCUUCAAAUGCCCCUUCUGUAGCUACGCCUGCCGCCGUCGUGACGCACUCACAGGCCACCUACGCACACACUCAGUGGGCAAACCACACAAGUGCAACUACUGUGGGCGGAGCUACAAACAGAGGAUUUCAUUGGAGGAGCAUAAAGAGCGUUGCCAUAACUACCUUCAGAGUGUUGCCAUGGAUCCCACUUCCAUCACCGGACCUUAUCCAGGUGAGGUCCCUAAAGAGCAGAGGCCCCUGGCUGAGGCUGUUGCCAGGGCACCCUUCGACCGCCCACCAGUCAUCGAGAGACUGCAGAGUAACAUGGGGAAGAGGAAGAGCACCACCCCACAAAAGUUUGUGGGUGAGAAGAUGAUGCGUUACAGUUACCCAGAGCUGAGCUAUGACAUGAGUCUGAAGUAUGAGAAGGAGGCAGAGCUGAUGCAGGCUCACAUGAUGGACCAGGCUAUCAACAACGCCAUCUCUUACCUGGGCUCUGACUCCCUGAGACCCCUGGUCCACCACCCCCAUCCGCACGGUCCACACGGUCCACACCCAUCCCUCUCAAUGGCUGAGGUGGUAAACAUGGGCAACCCCCUCUUCCACCACGUCUACCCCCUGGAACCAGGGCCAGGUCACCGUAUGGACCGACCAAGCAGCCGGGACGCCCCACCUCAUCCUUCACCUCUGCACCCUCCUCUUCCUGACUUUACUCCCUCCUCCAACGGGCCCAUCGCCCUCACCAGACCCAAGCAGCACCACCUCCAAGGUACCAGAGAGGAGAGAGAGUGUCCUAGCAACAGUGGGCUGAACUCGGCCGAAUCUGCACGGAGCAGCCCACAGGAGAGGCUGGGUUACCACAGGAACCACCGAAACAACCCCCACCCCCGACCCAGGUCCAGACCCAGCCCAGCCAAUGGCGGGAGAGAGGAGGGGCAAGGUGGGGCUGAGGUGGGUGGGGUGGGGUUGACAGCGGAGGUGGCCCGGGGAGAGGCGGCAGAGACGAGUCGGGACGGGGUGCGUGUGUUUGGGCGAGAAGGCCGGGAGGUGAGGGUGUUCCAGUGUGAGCACUGCUGUGUUCUCUUCCUGGACCACGUUAUGUACACCAUCCACAUGGGCUGUCAUGGUUACAGGGACCCGCUGGAGUGCAACAUCUGUGGCCACCACAGUAAGGACCGCUACGAGUUCUCAUCUCACAUCGUCCGCGGGGAACACACCUUCCAAUAGAGGGCUGGACAAGACAGUAGCCGUCCCUCCCCAUCCCCACACCAGGACUGUGAUGUUGAACUAACUGUGUGUGAUCAAUGCAGCGAACCAAGGCAGAGAAAACUAACUAACAUUUGCUGCAGCAUAAUGAUACUGACUAUAUAAUUCCAAACAAAUAUAUGAAGGUCUGGGCCAAAUACACAUUUUCAAUUUUUAAGGUGUUUUGAAGAUUUUAAAGUUGAGAUAUGCAUCUGAAGUGAGGGAUUUCUUUGUGUGGGAAAAAGAGGACAAAGAAUAAGUACACCUAUUCAGUUUUGUUGUGGUCAGUCUCUGAGAUUGUCAAAGAGCAACUAAUACUGUGAGUAGUUAUAUUAUAGUUUUAUAAGUCGUUUCACUGUCCUUGUCUUGCAUACUGUAUUGUUGCACUUGUUUGCUGCAACACAGACUGCCAUGGAAGAGCUCAACUUGUCAAGGGGGCUUUCCCUGACUCCACCACCCAAACCAUUUCAUGCAAUACACAUCUUCUCUGUCUUAUGUCAAAAGCCUUGCUAACUGCAAACUGCUCAGACGUGUUGUCACACCAGCCACAUUAGAGAGGGAGAGAGAGAAGAGCGAGUGAGAGAGAGAGAGAGAACAAGAAAGAGAGAAAGAAAGAAAAUAAAAGAGAAAGAGAGAGAGACUUACUCAGACAUUGAUUUACUUUUCCAGACAUUGUAUACAAAUUUGUUAUUAAAGUUUUGUUCAUUACACUA